UAUGGCAAAAAUUAUCAGAAUAUGUGAUGAAUUGGAGUAAAGAAUUUCGAUUAAGAAACAAACCAUUUGUUGAAGAAUUGUUGAAUUCAAGUCAUGUUUCAGAAAGUUGUUCAAAGAGUAUAUUCUCGACAUUGGAUGGCAUCGAAAGACUGGACGACUGGUCCAUACAAAUGAUCAAUUCGUGGGCAGAUUUUCCACCAAAAGGAUUAUUUGAAGGAAGUCUUACGGACUUUGGAUCCUAUGAUCAGUUCGGCUCAGUAUUGUUCCCUGGAUUUGGUUCCCUAUAUUCCCCGACCAAUGCC